CAGCUUAUUCAUAAUGGAGUAUUAAUCUAACAUAAUUAUUUCAUAGUUAGGCAGGAUAUAAUCAUACUCAAAUACAAUCACUCCUUCAUUAAUCAUCCAAUUUAAUGAGGCCACCUAGAAUAGGGCAAUAAGGAUCAUCUAUAGGGCAAUCUGAAAUGUUUUAAUACAAGUACUAUCACUUCUUUAUUAUAUAGUCCUUAGUAAAAAUAAACCUUAAUUUAAUAAUACUCAUCUCAGAACAUUGGAAUAGCGUAUAAAAUAUAUAAAUUAUGGUAGUCCCUUUUCUGCUAGAUAAAUUGCUACCACUCCUAUUGUAUCAUAAAACAUUACAUAAUCACAACCGCUUCUAAUCACUCCCUCUGUUAGGAUUGCAUCUACAUAACUAAAUAAUGCUGAAGUGCAUCAUUAGGAAAGACCUUUAUAAGUUGUUACUUUAGAUGAUAUGGAUUCCAGGUGGAAAACUAAAUGCAGUAUUCUAAUUAUGUAAUUUAAGUGUAAUUGGAAGUAUAUCUGUUCGAUCUUUAACAAGAAAAUCUCAGAUUAAAAGGAAAUGCACCUUAAAUUUCAUAUGUUUAAGAUGAUUCCAAAGUAAUUAUUAUAAUUUAACAUUCUAGAUUAAUGAACUUAUUAAUGCUAACAAAGAAUUAAAAAUAUAAGAACAAGGUCUCAGAUAAUCAAAUAAAUAACUAUAAGAUGAAUUAGACUAAUGGAAAUUAAGAUACAAAUAACUGUAGGAAUCUAAUUCUAAAAAUUAAGGAGCAGAUGAUGAGAUUAGACAACUUAAAAAGAAAAUUAGUAAUUAUUUAUAAUUAUUUUUAAGGCAAUUUAACAGAUGAUCUCAAAAAUUCCCAAGAACAAAAUGAAUUUAAAGAUUAAGAAAUUCGUAAACUUAAAUUACUCAUGAAUGAUAAAGAUAAUGAACUUGAAUCCUUAGACUAAAGAAUAAGAGAACUGGAAAUUUAAUUGGAGAGUUUUUCAUAAUCAGAAUAGUAAAUUAUUUCUCUGUAAGGAGAAGUAGAAUUAUGGAAAAAGAAAUUUAAAUAGCAAAAUGAAAUCAACUCUGAUAUUUCAGAAAAACUUACAAUGGCUGAAACAUAAUUAGAAGCCUUGAAAAAGAGUAAAGUUACAGUAACCAAAGAAAGUGAAAUCAAAAGAACUGGACCAUCUGGUACUGGAAUAACAACUUAAUUUGAAACAAGUAGCAUUAAAGGAGCUACUAUAGCUCCUGGAGGAUAUAGUACAUAUGGAACUAACAACAGUGGAAGAAAUUCAGUUGUUAGAAAUUCAGGUUAUAUUGACAGAAAAUAAUUAUGA